AUGAGGCUUUCACAGGGCACCAAGCUGAGUCAUGGCAUGGUGAAACUGGAACCAAACCAGUACAAGGGAGCUCAGGCAAAACCCCUGGAGCUGGAGCAGCUGGGCAGGGUGGUGGAGCUGGACAGUGACAUGGCAGACAUCACCCAGGAGGCAGCCCAGGAGCCCCUGGCAGAGGACACCCUGGCCGAGGAGCAGGAGGCAGUGCCGGCGUCCACGCACAUCGCAUCCAGCCAGGGCAUCAACCCCUACGUGCUGCAGAUCAUGAAAGCUUCCUUGCUUGCUGAUGAUGACGAUGACCUGGAUUUGAUCCUGGAUUAUCCUGGGAAGCAUCCUGUCAAGAUGGACACUUCCCAAGAGAUCUGCUCCCCAAGGCUUCCCAUUUCAAAAUCACAGGGACAAAAAAGACACUCAGCUGCCGGGCUGCUGCAGCCCAAGUUUGCCGGCGUCCUUGCGGCAGCCCCCGGAGCGGCCGUGGCAGCCCCCAGGGCUCUGGGCAGCCCCCCCCGCGGGCUGUGGCGGGGGGGGCACGUUUCUCAUGAAAAGUUUCGUUGUCUCAGGCCCUCAGCUGCCGGGCUGCUGCAGCCCAAGUUUGCCGGCGUCCUUGCGGCAGCCCCCGGAGCGGCCGUGGCAGCCCCCAGGGCUCUGGGCAGCCCCCCCCGCGGGCUGUGGCCGGCGGCCGCGCCCGAGGCGCAGGUCAGGACGGUGGGGGCGCGCCGGCAGCGCGGGCUGGUGCCCCUGCAGAGAUCCAUCACCUACGGCAAGGGCAAGCUGCUGAUGGACAUGGGGCUCUUCAUGGGCCGCUCCUUCCGCGUGGGCUGGGGCCCCAGCUGGACCCUGGUGAACGCUGGAGAUCAGCUGAGCGCCUGCAGGGAAGUGGAAGAUGCUCAGCUGGAGCCCGUGGAAUACGGAUUCCUGCCGACUCCCGCUGCUCCCAAAUCACUCACAGAAUCCCCCUUCAAAGUUCAUGUGGAAAAGUUGAGCUUGGAGCAAUGGAAGCUGGACAGAGACAAGGAGCUGUAUCUCACCCCUCUGGAGAUCAAGCUGAAGCACAGCACUGUCCAUAUGGAUGAGCCCUGUCCUCUUCUGGCCCCCAACCCUGGGGUCUCUGCUAUCCAUGACUAUGCUGACUGGGCCAGGAAAGCAUCUGAGGAUCCCACUCUGGCAGAGACCGCAGUGAAGCCCUGGUGCCUGGCCUGGACGCUGUGCGAGGCGGUGUGGGGCCGGCUGCAGGAGCUGGAGGCCGGCCUGGAGGAGCCCGGCGAGUACGCGCUGGCGCUGGAGCGGCGGGGGGUGUGGCAGCUCUCCGAGAGGAUCAGUGUCAACGUGUGCUCGCUGCUGGACUGGAAGCGCUGCGUGGCCGUGCACCUGUGGUACCUGCUGCCCCCCACGGCCUCCAUCUCCAGGGCCCUGGCCAUGUACGAGGCAGCCUUCCAGACACUGUCCCACACCCUGUGUGCCCCUCAGCUCCCCCAGCCCCUGUCCCACACCCUGUGUGCCCCCCAGACACUGCCCCGCACCCUGUGUGCCCCCCAGCCCCCUCAGCCCCUGUCCCACAACACCUCAGAGUGUGAAAAAUAUGCCUGCUGUCCCCUGCCUCCUUACCUGGAAGAUUCUGGGUGUGUCAUUGAAGAAGAUGACAAUGGAGGAAGGCCCCUGAGAGAUGUCUGCUUCCACUUGUUAAAGCUCUACAGUGACAGGUCCUAUGAGCUGGACCAGCUGCUGGACCCCAGGAGUGUGACCUCUGACCCGCUGGAUUUCCGCCUCAGCUGGCACCUGUGGGAGGUGCUGCGGGCCCUGAACUACUGCCACCUGUCCCAGCAGAGCUGGGGGGUGCUGAACUCCAGCUAUGCUGCCCAGCUGGAGAGCGAGGGGCUCUGGGAGUGGGCUGUGUUCGUCAUGCUGCACGAGCCUGAUGCACACACCCGGGAGCAGGCCGUGCGGGCGCUGCUGGGCCGGCACUGUGCCCUGGCUGACAGCCCCGACUCCUGGGCCAAGGAGAGCUUCCUGACCCAGCGCCUCUGCGUGCCCCCGCGCUGGAUCCACGAGGCCAAGGCCGUGCGGGCCAGGAUGGAGGGAGACAAGCACAAAGAGGCCCUUUUCCUCUUCAAGGCUGGCCACUGGAACCAGUGCCACAAGCUGGUUGUCAGGCACUUGGCCUCAGAUGCCAUCAUCAACGAGAACUACAAGUACCUGAAGGGAUUCCUGGAAGAGCUGGCGCCCCCCGAGCGCAGCGCGCUGAUCCAGGACUGGGAGCUGGCAGGGCUGGUCUACCUCGACUACAUCCAUGUGAACGAGAUGCUGGACAGGAUUCAGCAGCUGGAUGUUUCCACCUACGAGCUGGAGCGGUUACACACCAAAGUGACGUCCCUGUGCAACAGGAUAGAGCAGCUGCGGUGCCACAACGCCAAGGACCGCCUGGCGCAGUCAGGGUAG